AUGACUUCCAAGUACACGAAUAUCUUGCCUGAUAUUGAUGACCAGCCUGAUGUCUAUGAGACACCAGAUGCCGAUUCCACCAACCAGGUCACGUCUUUUGGCGACCAGUCAAGUGACGAGGAUGAUAAUAACGAGAGUGUUGUGCGUUCCCGUGUAUCAGUCAAGGAUGCUACUGCUCGUUUCAAGGAUAGCGUAGUGGAAUCUUCUGGUGUUGACUUUUCGGAUCGGUUGACACGAAGAAAAAAGGCCAUGUAUCGAAGCAUCGUUCGACGACCUGCAUCUCUUGACACCAACGAAUAUGAACUGUUGCCACGGGAACUUGAAUUACAAGAGACACCAAUGCAAAAGCUACGCCGUUUGAUGUAUGAAGUACAAGAAUUGAAUGAGCAUGUUGAGAAAUCCAAGGAUGAUGCUCCUAGCGAUGUCAGCCAAACAGAUCUAUUGUCUCAAAUAUCGUAUCUUCAGACCGACCUUGCUCGUAUCAGUCAACGUUUGGAUCAAGCAAGUGAACAAGAUGGCGCCUCUACUGCCACUUAUGGUAGUCGCAUUGAUGAAGCCAAGCAACUUAUCAAGCAGCUGGAGGCUUACAAGAAUACACCUCCUAAGGAGAAUUCAGGAAACGACAAUGACGAUACUGUGCUUAUUGACAAAACCGAUAAAGGAGAUGUGGUUACAUACGAGCUUUUUUAUACCCCUGAAACGGUCAAGAUGCAGAAGGAAAGUAAGGUGGCGGAUAUUGAUGAACGCAUCGCCAAGAUUGAGUCACUCGUUGGAUCGAGUUCAGGCAAUGGGUUUGAUGACCUGCCUCCCAGUCUUGUCACUUCUUCUAUGGUGGGAUCGCUUUCCAAGCUUGAGCAACAAAUCGCCAUUCUUUCACAGCCGAGACAUCUUGACACCAUCAAAAGGAAGUUAGAGACUCUAGUUGGAACACUUGAUCGGUUGAAUGAGCUGAAAUCAGGCCGCAAGGAUGCAUCACACUUAUACAGCCGCCUUCCUGAUACCACACCCGCUUCGGUGACGGCAACAGCAGCAGCAACAGCAAACAAUGGUGACAAUAAGGAUGGCAAUGGAUUAUCGAGUGAUACGGAGGAAAAAGUUAAGCAGCUAUUCGAUACAAUGGAGAAGAUCGAUCCUUUGCUCAAUCUCACACCAGCACUAUUGACGCGACUAAAAGCACUACAAGGUUUACACACGGAGGCAUCCACAUUUGGUCGUUCGGUCAAAAUGAUCUCGGAAGAGCAGACACGCAUAACGGAUGAGCUCAAAAGUCUUAGCUCCGCAUGUGAAUUGUUGAACAAGAGCUUGAAAGAUAACGAGGAUACCGUCAAUGCAAAUAUCAAGGUGAUUGAUACUCGGAUGACGGAAUUGGUGCAGCGUGUUGGUGCUUUGAGUACGGAUCCAUAG